UGUGACCGUAACAAGCCAAUCAAAAUUAUUGUUUUAUUGUGAAGUAUUCCGAAAUACGGUGAACGGGAAAGUGAUCAUAAUUUUGGACUCGAUUUCUUUUCCGAAAUGCCAAAUAAACCAAAGAAAGAGAAGACUACGACAAAAACAAACAGCAAUAGUAAAACUACAGGGAAAGAAAAUUCCGAGAAUGCAGAGAACGAGGCGAAGAAAAAGGGAUCAAGCCCAAACUCAGAAACUCACCCACCCACAACAUCAAUUAAUAAAAUGAAAUUUACGGGACCUCCUCAUGUGAAAAAGGAUAAAAGACAAAACUCAUCACGAUUCAACAUUACCAAAAACAGGGAACUAGUUAAACUACCGUUAUUAAAAGAUGCAACGCCAGCAGAGAGAGAAGAACUCUUCAUUCAGAAGUUACGACAGUGUUGUGUUCUAUUUGACUUCAUGCAAGAUCCACUCAGUGACCUUAAAUGGAAGGAAGUCAAGCGUGCUGCACUCAAUGAGAUGGUGGAAUUUGUCACACAAAAUAGAGGGGUCAUAACAGAUGCAAUAUACCCAGAAGCCAUCCAUAUGUUUGCAACCAAUUUAUUCCGAACGUUACCUCCAUCGUCCAACCCUAGUGGUGCAGAGUUUGAUCCUGAGGAAGAUGAGCCCACCCUAGAAGCUGCCUGGCCUCAUUUACAGUUGGUAUACGAGUUCUUUCUAAGGUUUUUAGAGUCUCCAGAUUUCCAGCCAAAUACAGCUAAAAGAUACAUAGAUCAGAAGUUUGUUUUACAGUUGUUGGAGUUAUUUGAUAGUGAAGAUCCAAGGGAGAGAGACUUUCAGAAAACUAUAUUACACAGAAUUUAUGGGAAAUUCUUGGGGUUGAGAGCGUACAUUAGGAAACAAAUUAAUAAUAUAUUUUAUAGUUUUAUAUAUGAAACGGAACGGCAUAAUGGGAUAGCAGAACUUUUAGAGAUUUUGGGAAGUAUUAUCAAUGGUUUUGCCCUCCCAUUGAAAGAAGAGCAUAAAGUGUUUUUAUUAAAAGUGCUUCUGCCGUUACACAAAGUGAAGUCACUGAGUGUGUAUCACCCACAGCUGGCCUACUGUGUGGUACAGUUCCUUGAAAAGGACCCCAGUCUCACUGAACCUGUUAUAAUGGCACUUUUAAAGUUUUGGCCAAAAGUUCACAGUCCUAAAGAGGUGAUGUUUCUCAAUGAAUUAGAGGAAAUAUUAGAUGUGAUAGAACCUGCCGAGUUCACCAAGGUGAUGGUUCCAUUGUUUAAGCAGCUAGCCAAGUGUGUUUCAAGUCCACAUUUUCAGGUUGCUGAGCGGGCCCUUUAUUUUUGGAACAAUGAGUAUAUUUUGAGCCUUAUCAGCGACAAUGCGGCGACAAUUUUGCCCAUCACUUUCCCAGCAUUGUAUAAAACCAAAGAGCAUUGGAACAAAACGAUACAUGGGUUGAUAUACAAUGCCUUAAAGCUGUUCAUGGAGAUGAAUCAGAAAUUGUUUGAUGACUGCACACAGCAGUAUAAAACUGAACGACAAAAAGAGAAAGAAAAAAUGAAAUCACGAGAAGAGACGUGGUGUAAAAUACAAAAUUUGGCCAAGGGAAAUCCUCAGGUGAGCUUUAAAGUGUUUGGGCAGCAGAAUGCAGAACUAAUUGGAAAUCCAAGCACGCCAGCUAAUAGCAUGAACGAUGAAGAUGAGGUUGUCUUAGUUUCCCUUGAAAAACUUGAAAAAGAAGCAGUUGAGAUAAGCAGGAAAAAGCCGAAAGACAAACCGUUAUUGCGGAGAAAAUCAGAGUUACCACAUGAUAUCUCUAUGAUUAAAGCACUGGAUGGUCAUAAAAGACCGGACGAUUAUUUACACACUAAUACAGAGACAGGCAACUGAGGCCGAAUUGACGAUAAGGCGGGCUAAUGGGUCGGACGUAAUCAGCUAGUACCCAUGUUGAAGCCUGCUUGUUUAAUCACUGAAAAUAAUAUACAAAAUGUUUAAUCUUGAGGAUCCAUAACACAUGUAUAUCCUGGAAAAAUUAUAAGGAAAUAACACUUUUUGUGUUCUUUUAACAGAUUGAAAAUACUUCUUCCUACAAUCAUGAUAAUCAUUCACAUUCUACAUAUGAAGAAACUUACCCUAAUAAUAUCAUAAAUAACAUGUAAUAAUGGUCAUAUUUGUUUAAAUACUUUGUAAAUUGCUGACAUUUUUGUUACUAGGAUAUAUAGUGAUUUUACCCACAUUAUAAUGAAAUUGUUAUUUAUUAUUUUUGAACAGACUGAAUUAAUACAUUAGACAUUCGAAUCUUAGCUCGCAUUCCAAGGAAUUGAAACUUUAAUUGUGUGUGUGUUUUUUUUUAAAGCAACUUCUUCACAGGUGGAGAAUCUUCUAAAUCAUCAACACACAAUAUGACAUUAAUGUUUAACAAGCGAUGGCUCUAAUUAAAUAAAUAUAUACAUUUGUACCUGUGCAGAGUGUUCAGUUUGUUUGUAAUUUGAAAUGAAAUGCAUUAUGCUGUUGUCAUUCAGAGCAAACAUCUGUUUAAAGGAUGGGAGUUAAAUUUGACCACCGUCUCACUCGCAUAGCUCAGGAUUAUGCGAGUGAAACUAUAUUCAUACCCAACAGACCAUGCAAGUGCUUUUAUGAUGGUGCUUAUCAGGGUUUUUUUUGUGUACGUAAGCCAGUCUGGCAAUUUAAAAAAAAAAAAAUUAGUAGUAAUGAUAUUAUGAUCAGUGUUUCAUUUCCUGCACUGUGGUAAUGAAUUAUGGACAAUGUUGAGAACACUUGUUAAAAUGAAUGACAGUACACUUAGGGCCAGCUGAUUUUUACUGGCAGCCAGUUGUACUUGGAAAGUAGAGGAAAAAAAAUUCACCCUUGUAUACAGCUAUGCUUCAUUUACCAGGAAUAAAAUAUGUCUUAAAACAUUCCAGAAUUACACGAAUAAUGAAAAUUUAGGGUUAAUUUUCUUUUCACCUCAUACUUAUGAAAAAGUUGCUUUAAUUGACACAGUGACCAUUGAACGAUAAUAAUAUAUGUUCAGGGAGAACAUUUUGUGGAUGUAGAGCCAAACUGUUGUUGGUGCGUUAAUAUUGUGUAAGCUCAUACAAUAGUUUUGUGGCAAAUCCACAGAAUGUUAAAAUUUAAUGUCAGUAUGUCUUUUUUUUUUAGUAUUUUUUUAGAGACUUUGGUAGAGAAAGUUCUUUAUCUGAUCAUCUACUUUCAGCAUAUCUAAAAAUUAUGAAGACUUAAAAGGGAAAAUCAAGAUUAAUGAAUUUUGUAAAGUUUCACAUUUUGGACAAACGUACAGGAAAAUAAUUCACUACGGAGAAUAUUACUGCUAUGUUGGAUUGAUUUUUGCACAGCUUUAGACUUCCUUAAAGCUGCCAUGAGGUGGUACUCUCUGCAUAAACUUUAAAAAUUGCAGCUUUGUUGAUAGGAAGGUACAGAAAUAUGUUGCCAGAUAUUUUCGUUUUUCCUGUCAAAAAAAAAUUAUAUAUAUAUAUAUAUUUUCACCUCAGUCCAAAAAAUAAUGGUUAACUGCACCAUUAUGUCAGUGCAGUUGGCCAGUUUUUGCACUGCCAUGACAGUAUAUUUUGGGUUGGAUGACUAGGUAAAGAACAUUUUCUAUGUUAUUGGUGUCUCUGAAACUAUUACCUCGGUCUGUAUAGUGCAUAAAGGUCAAUUUCUUGUUUUUUGUUUCAUCCGUGUCAUCAAGAUGGUACAAUCUAGUUCUGCAAGCUUUUCCUGUGAUGUAGAGUCUGUAACUUGUUUCAUGUUGCUUUCGGUGAAUUUUUGCUUUGUGGUAUGGAUAACUGUGACACUUUUCCUUAGCAGAUCCUCUGGCUGCAUACCUGAAUUGACUCUGAACAAGAACUAGGUGCAAAAUUUUAACAAGUGCCUUUGAAUAACAUUGGAAUUUGUGUAUUUUUUGCACUAAAGGGACACAAUUUACUCAUAUUUUGAAAGACCUGAUCUGUUAAUUUGUUUUGCAUUUCCAUACUUAAUAUGCAGUAAAAUGGGAGAGUUCAUCAACUUCAACAUUAGUCUCCCCUCCUCCACUACUUACUUGGUGUAGCAUUAGGUUUUAAAAGAUGAUGAAGUUUUUCAGAAUAAUACGUAGCAUGAGGCAUGCAUCGUUGAACCUUCAGCUAAUACAAAUGAAUACAUUGGACUUAGUAACAGGUCUAACAAACCAACAUUCCAGUCUGAUUUUACUCCAAGGUGAGAUAAAAUUUGGAUCAGAUCUGUGCUGAUGUUUAAAAUAAUGGUAAAAUGAAGUUUUAACUUUCAAACAAAGGAGCUUCUGUCACACUGCAGGGGAACUUAGAGCUACUGUAUGCUUUUUGCAGUGUAAAACCUAGCUCCACGGUUAUUAAACUAUGUUUGGAGACUAGUCUCAAAUUGAAACAUACCAUUUGGCAAUUUCAGGAUUAAGUUCAAAUCCAACCAAUCAAAUGCUGUAGUAUUCAGACUGGUAUCCACAUUUAGAUUUAUUACCAUGGAUAAGGUUGAAGAUUAUUGUAUGCAAUGUUUGCCCUGGUUAUCUGGCCAUUCUAUGCUGGUCAUAGAAUAUGUUUUUUGUGAUACAGGACAUGGCAGGCCUGUAGCGUAGCCAUUUUGACUCUCCAGUUCAAAUUUAUGUAUAUAUCAAGAUUGUUGUUGGUGAUAAUUUGUUUCUUUUUAGAAAAAAUGUUUUCGGUGUGUCUACAUGUCUCAUGUAAGAUGUGUGACAUGGUUAUUUGUGUUUUGGAGCUUUCACCAAAUAUAAGUGGAGAAAUUUCAAAGACUGGUGGCAUAUACGGGAUUCUUUGUUGUCUUCUUAUUCUUUUGAAUGUAAUCUUUGAUAUCUUUUUCUUUUUUUUUUUACAAUGAUCAAUGUAAAAUGAGAAGUCUACAAAUAAAGUGGUGUUGAAGUUGUAACUUUGUAUCUGGUCUAAAUGCUUUUGAUCUUAAAGUUAAUGUUUGUGUUAAAAGGGAUAAGCUUUUUGUAAAAGCAAGACUUUGUCACAGUUAACUCUUUCAGAAUUAAUAAAGACAGAGAGAAUAUGUCAGAUUGUAAAUUGUCUCCUAAACUAAACACUUAAAGUAAACACAUGUAUUUUUCUCAUGUUAUUUUUGUAAAGGCAAGUUGGAAAAAAUGAGAACUUGGACGGUAUGUUUUGGAUGUUCAGGAUAUGGCCUUAUGUAAGAUGUGUAAAAGAUCUUGUGAAAAAAAAAGAUAAUGAAAUUGUUCUGCUCUAAGCAAUUGCAGUGCUUUCACAGUCAUAAUAUUAAAUUGUACCGAUUAGAAACUUUUCCGGCACACAGUCUGGAAGAAUUGUUUUUCAAGGUUGCAGCCCAGUGGGAUGAAAUUUAAUACAAGAUUGGUCAUUUUGUACCCCUCUGAUCUUUUAAACAAUUUUGAGUUUUAAAAAAAAUGGAUCCAAACUUGAAAUAUAAGUUUUCAUAGGGUAGAUUUAUAUUGACCUAGAUAUUUUAAACAUAUGAUCUGACAGAGCCAAAAGUAUGUUUUGACUUCCCAAGUUCAAGUUUGUUAGUGGCAUAUUCUUGACUCUGCCUUUUAAUUGACUGAAUAUAUACAUACUGUGAUAAUGAUAUUGACAAUUCAGAUAAGAGUGAAUGAUUUUAGUGAUUAAAAGGAAGUCUAUGUUAGUGAUAUAUAUGAGUAUGCUCAGUAGCUGUCGUGUAUAUUGUAGAAUAAGGGUCAGAUGGAGCAAAAAGUACCCUGUGGCAAUUGAUGUUAUGUGAUAAAGUUUACUGACUUACGAUAUGAAAUGCUUACAAAUCUGGAGAUUUCAUCCCCAUCCCUUCUUUCUUUCCAAAUCUCAAAUUAAUUUUGGACAGUAUUAGUUGAUAUUUAAUUUGUUUUUGAGAAGAGCUGGUGUGGUAUGGUUGUAGUAAUCAGUUUUGAAAGAUAUGUUGAAACUUGUCCGUUGAAGUUACAUGUUGAAAUGAAUAAAAAAAUGUUUGUUUCAAAUUUUUAGAAAAUUUUCAACAAAUUGACUGUAACUAUACAUUACUGAUGCUGUUAAAUGUAUUUAGAAAUAUUUGUAUAGAUUGUUUAGUAUGGUGAGUGAAUUAAAUUUUUUAAGGGAAUGUAUUUGUUUUAGUGAAGUUAUCCAAUUAUAAGGUGUCAGUUGAAACAUAAGUGCGUAUGAAUUCAGGGUGACCAAAAAAUCACAUGCCAGAACUACACUAAAUAAUCGUCACCUUAGCGCAAAAGUGAAUAAGUCCUUUAAGUCAGUGGAGUUAUCCACUUUUUGCACUGAGGUGAAACAUGCAGAUUAAACAAUCUAACAUAAGUUAACCAUGUUAUUUUACUGUGUUGGUAGUCAGUGGUAAAGCUGACUGACUGUUCAUAUCCGCUCGUAGUGCAGAAUUCUUUCAGGUGAGUAAGUUAAAGAAAAUCAGUGGUUCUACCCCGCUGCCCACCCAAUUGGGAAGGGGAAUCUGGGUCUUCCACAGUCAGCUGACCUUGAUUGUAUUAGUUUGACCUCUACCCCAACAAAUCAAAACAAACUUUAUCUUUACAGGAUCUAACAGGCAUGGUACCACAAUUACUAUUUGACCAUGGUCUCCCUGUCAUUUUUGAAACCAUUCAUUUACUUAGCACCUACCCAUCUUUUUUUCUUUUUAAGGGAGAACCACUAUUUUUUGGUACAGUAAGCAGCCAGUAUAGCAGUAUUACCAGUUAUAUACCUAUGUAAAUUCUGUCAAAUAGAGGACUUUUAUUUUUCAGGUAAAUACGAACCGGCAGAAAAAAAAUGUAUUGUACCUUUUGUAUUGUAUGUUACAGGGCUAGUUUCACUUAAUAUGCAUGACCUGAGUUCUAUAAAUAGUACACACAAAACUUACACUCGGUUCCAUUUUAACAUUGAAAAAACUGUUAAAACAUACAAGACUUUGUUUGAUAAGAAAAUGACAAAAAGGUGGAGGUAUAUAAUAAAUUGGCCAUUGUAACAGCCGGUUGGAUAAAACCCGUCACACAAGCAGGUCAUGUAAACCUGACCUGGCAAAAUUCAAACAAGCCAGAUACAGCAUCCAAGAUCAAUCUAUCCUGUUUUAUAGAGGAUAUAGUCCCUAGGUCAAUAUUCUGCGUCUUUAAAGCAUUAAUUGCCAAAUUUGCAGGAGGGUGAGCAAGUUUUCACUCCUUUGCUUGAUUAGAUUGCAACAGAGGAACAAGUUCUGUUUUAAUUGAGUAAAUAUUUUGCAUGUGAAAUAUGGACCAAAUUAACUGUUAACAUUUAUUUUGAGUGAUUUUACCUGUUAAGAACUUGAUUUCAUGCUUGCAUCGUUUUAGUGUCACUCACGAUUCUUUUCACCAUGGAAUCAUCGAGCUGGAAAAAAAUGCUGGAUAUUGAAAUGAAAUACUGUUUUCUGAAGUAAAUAAAACAGUUAGAAAUAGAUAAUUUUAAGUGAAUACCCUCAUCAGCUUAAACAUCAAACAUUAGUAUUUUAGAGAUGUUUUAUUGCUAUUUUAAGUAUUUUACAUGGACAGUGGUAUUCACCGUUUCAUGUAUGUUACAAAUUGCUAGGUUUUUAUCAUGUUUGUAAACAAUAUUUCUAUGAUUUUUUAAAAAAUAAUUAGCAUUUUUAACAAUACUUUGUGACUGUUUCAUAAGUCAGGAUGUUCACAGUAGUUUUAUUUCAUAUUAGUUGAGUACUUACUGUUUCAGUAAUACCACUUCCAGUCAGAAUGAAUGCUCUGAUGAUGACAGUAUUCUGAUGUAAUGAUACACAUAUCAUGGUUCCUUGAGUAUCAUAACUAGCAGAUUUUACUGUAUCUCAAAAAGUAUUAGACCUUGAAUCAUGAAACCAUAUAGAAAUAAAAAAAAUUACUGGACAUUAGUAAGGCUUGGUAUGUUUAGUGGCAGCUUUUAUAAGAGCAUCACGGUUUGAGUACCAGUUUUCACAUUCUUUCGACUUGUUUGGGUUCCUUUUAGUUGAGCAGUAAAAGAAGGAAUAUAUAGGUGUUUUAAGUUUUAGAGAUAGAAUAAAUGAUACAGUUAGUGUGGUAUCAGGUAGGGAACAAUUGGUGUGAAUGUAAAACUCAUUAUUUGGUUGGUUUGAUGUGAAUUAUCAGGACAUUUUACAGCUGGACUUCGACAUGUAUUUGAAACACAUAGCUGCUUUUGGAAGAUGUUUAAUUGAUAAAAAUGUUGAAGUAUUCAUGCAUAAAAAUAGAGUGCCAUUCUAAUAAAAAAAUCAAAAUUUUAUAGGGCAGUUUUACCCAGUGACUGCAGUGUGUAAUUUUCUGGUGUGAUGAUUAAAUGUGAAAUUAUAUGACAGUUUUGAAUUAUGUUUUAUGUUAUAGAAGUUCAGCAUGGAUGAUUUAUAUCGGAUGAUGGUAUUUCCUUAAUGUAAAUUAAUUUUAAUGAAAGAUCAUGAAUAAGAGAAUUUGUGUAAUUGUUUAACUAACAUGGUAAAACUUAUGUACCGUAAAAACUCUAAUAUAUUACGCAGUUUUUUUACGAUUUUUUUUCAUUUUCUCAAAGGGGUGCGUAAUAUACACCAUGGUAGAGCAAACAUUUUUUCCCAGCUUGAAAACCCGAAAAUAUCCGUGAAAAUCGGACAAUUUUGUCAACUGUCAUGUGUUAACAUUUUGGGCCGUGCUUUUUUAACCUCCGCUUGAAGAGCGAUUUAUUGGGUGGGUCUAAAAACACCUACGGAACCGAACCUCUGAUGAUAUAUGGUAACGUUGGUUUUGAUUGCGAGUUUAAAUUUUUGUAUUCAUAAUUUGUAAAUUUAAUUAAUAAAUAUGGUACAUAUCCAGAGCACCGGAUAAUGUGUCAGUUUAAUAAUAAGGCAAAAUACAAAAUUUCGCGGUUCCGGGUUGUAGGUGUUUGAUCAUUAAAGUCAUUAUCUUCCAAGGAUGCUCAAAUAAAUUGCAAUUAAAACAGAUUGUUAUUUCUUUAUUUCCAGCCAAUUAUUACUGAUUAACCGCGAUUUUCUCGUUUGAUGUUCCCAUAAUUAUGAGAAAUUUGUUCGCAUGUCUAUUAAAGCGUACUAAGGUGUUGACAGCUUGAAAAAGUUCUCAAAUACUUUAGAAAGAAUUUGUCUCUCAGAUAUUGUCACUGUUGUCUGUAACAGAUUAGGCCUACUGCAGUAUGCAGCAAUUGCGAUUUUCACGAGAAAUUGUUUUUACGCAUGCCGCUAAUGGCCGAUUUCGGGUUUGUAAACAACAUUUUCUGACUGAUUUUUCGAUGUGUAACAUAUUCCAAUGUAAGCAUUUUUCCCAAGAUUUUGAUACAAGAUCUGGGGUGCGUAAUAUACAUGCUAGCGUGAUAUAUUCGAGCUUUUACGGUAUAUUGAAAUCUUAACCUCUCUGACCUUCACGCUUCAACUCUUUUCAUCUUACCAGACAGAUUUUUUUGUUGGGGUAAAAGUCAAUUGUUUACAAGUCAAAGGAGGGAUGUGUCAGCAUGAAAUACUUUCACAAUCAAGCUUCGGAACAAUACAUAGUUUUUGUUCAUUUUGUAUAUAUAAUAGGAAUAUACAUACAUAUAUAUAAGGUGAUUUUGUUCUGUAUGUUUUGUUAUUCACUGUAACUUGUUUAGUGUCUUAUUUAUCAUAGAAGUUCAUUUCUUCAAGGAGAUACCGUUUAUUUUUCUGUAGCAGUAUUUUUAACACAACAGCACUUUCGAGAAAUAGGCUAGUUCACGAGCACAUAAUAGGAGUAACUUGUUAUUUUGAUGAGACCAGAUUCUGGGUUUGUAGGUCAUUGAAUACAGUGAUAAAAACACAGAACUUGUAAAAUAUUGUUUACAAUAUGACGCACUUUGAGCACAAGAUUUUUGUCAUUAUUAAAUUAAAGAAAGGAUUACAUACUUAUUAUGAAAAAAAGUAUUUUUUUGUGGGAUACUAAUUUGUUUGGAUUUCAUGAUCACAAAAUUGAAUCCCAGUCAACAAGUAAGAUUUCUUUGAAAUUUAAAAUCCACAUGGUUAAUAUGUACACAGGAAAUAGUUGUUUUAGAUCAACUAUAAAUUUUCAUGCCAACAGAAUUAUACAGUUUCAUAAUAGAUUUAAUACAUUCAGUUAUUUAGUGUUACUGAUCACUUCAGAAUUAAAGGGCACAGUAUUGGCCUUUAUAUUUAUAAAAUUUGUUAAUUAGAUUUGGUUGUUUAAGAUUUUCUUCAAUUUUGCUGGGAACAUUUAUAGGGCAGAUUUUCCUCAAAUUUACAAGUUAUCAAAAUUUCAUUCUUUUAUUCAUUUACAGUUUGUGUUUUAAUCACUCUGUCUUUGAAUACCAUCCAUAUAGAAAUUUGCAUUAUGUUUACUGGGAUCUGAUGUUACACUAGCAAACAUGGAGUAGAACAGUAUUUACAGGUACAUGAAUAUUCAAGUAUGAUUUUUUUUUAUUGAAAAUCUAAGAAAUGACCUUUCAGACUGAGAGGUCUUCACCAGUUCAUCCUAAACUCUUAAUGAGAACAACAGAAAUAAACAUUUCUUCAGUUUUACAAGAGAAACUGUAUUGAUUCAUGGCAGAUGUAUCAGAUUUUUUUCCCAAAAUUUAGAACAGUUUAUUCAAAUAUUACUCUUAUCAUGUAAAUCUAAUGGCAGAACAUCUGAUGCAGUCGUAUUCUGUGUACAUACGUUUUGUUUAGUUGUCAUAGAAGUAUUAUUUGACAUCAGUAAGUUCAGAAAUUUCUUAUUUUUUAUGGCAGCUUUUGUAUUAAAAACAAAGUUUGUUUUUUCUAUGGAACAGUCAAUUUGAUUCUUAUUCAAAGAAGUUUUUAAUAAUAAUUGAGUGUAUGAAAUCACAUAUCAUUAAAUGUACAUUUGUUGCUUCAGUCGGAGAUUAAAAGGACUAUGAAAGUGUUUUUUUUAAUUUCAGACAUAUGCUUGUAAUUCAUAGACCUUGGUUGGAUUUUGAACUAAUUAUUCUGUGGUAAGCUUCUACUAAAAAACAAGAGAAAUUGUAAAAAAAAUGAAUAUUGUUCUUAUAGAAAAAUUCAUAAUUAUUAUAAAAAGGUACAUGUACUUAAAAUCUGAAAUUAAAUUUUUCUGGAAUUCAGUUUCAUUUAUCUUGUGAAUCAUUGACUUAAAAACCACAAAGGUGUGUUAAUUGUAAAGAAAAUGUCUUCAUUGAUAAAUGAAAUAUCUCCUUUGUUAAUCAUGAGAUUUAGUGAGAUUUGUUUUUUUUAUAUUAAACACAUGUUUAUAUAUUCUUAAAGAAAUUAACAUAAACAUAUGAGAAAUUAAUCGAAAUUAAAUUUAAAACUAGUGAAUAGUAAGUUGGAAAUUCACCUUAAGGUGCUGCAUCCAUUUAUAAUCUGGCUGUGCAUACAGUUCAUCUAUAACCUUAAGCUGUCAAAUCUACACCUGCUCAAAAUAAUUCUGUUCAAAUCAUUGUUACAUCUUUGUGACAGGACACUGUACUUUGAGUGAGUUUAUAUUGUAACUCUACUUUGUGAUCAUGUUAUUUGCAAUACAGGGAAUAAACUUCUCUGAACUGUA